GCAAGUGAGAUCGCCUUUUCUAGAAACAAAGUGUGGGGAUACUGCAGGGUACAAGAUCCUGAUACGAUCUUGAUCUAUGAUGUAUAUUGCGAAGAAAAAUACGCUAAGAUAAUAAUAGCAACUGAAAAAAUAGAAAUUCUUUUUAACGAAAGGAGUCUCA